GGGAGUGCGGGGCAGUGAGUGCGGCGCGGUGCCUGCCGGGAGUGCGGGGCAAUGACCGUGGCGCAGGGAGGUCUGGGAGGUCGCGUCAUUGCUGCUACGUGGAGGAGUUGCGAGUGAGGCUGGAGACACAAUCGGAGUUUCGCCAUCAGGGGUCCCGCUGGGUGCCGGGCCGCCGGGUGCCGGGCCGCCGGACACUCCGCUCAACCGGCUGGCCCACUGACAGGGUGCGGGGCCGGGACCUGGCUGCGGGGACAGAGGCCGUCAGUAGUAGAGCGACGAUUGGCCGUGAUCCGGGCCGGCCUUCUGCGGCGAAAGGCCUCGGCGCCGUGGGGCGGUCCGCACCAUGAGUUGGUUCAACGCCUCGCAUCUGUCGAGCUUCGCCAAGCAGGCGCUGUCCCAGGCUCAGAAAUCCAUCGACAGGGUCUUGGACAUCCAGGAGGAUGAGGGGGGUUCGUGGGCUGGCGGCAUCACGGCGGAGUAUGAGGAAGCAACACUGCCAGGUAAAAGCUCUUUGAUCAAUGAAGGAUGGGCUUCCACACAAUGGGGAUCGUCUUCAGAAGGCAGCCCCAAACCUCAUUCUGUGGCUUCACCUAAAGCUAUUACCACACCAGUUACGCGAAUGGUGGUAGAUGAAUCUGAGACCUUCUUCAAUGCCUUUCUGAAUUCAACAGAUGCUCCAAUUAUAGAGCCAACAUCUGUUGUCUCUAAGCCCCCAAGCAAAUCUCAACUGCCCAAAGAAGUAGAAGCAACAUUGACCAUUCAUCUCACGGAAUCUGUUGAGUUGAACGUGCCAGAAAAGGCAAAUUCUAAUGAGGACUGUACAGUUGUACCCCAGAAAGUACACAGUGAUUUGGAGGUAACAGAUCAGCUUAAUGAUCACCAGCUGCUUUGUGGAAAGGCUAAAAGUUCCAAAUCUUUUGAAAGUGAGGAGUUGCAGAAUAAGGAUGAAAUAAAGUUAAUUGUGACAGAAAAUGAGAUUGCAUCUGUGACUUCUAAAGUAAUAAAGCCAAAUGCAUUGGUUGCUUCUAGCAUUGCAAAGGUGCAUAAAAAUUUAGAAAAAACUCCAAGUCCACCUGACAGCCCAUCAAAAUCCCAUACUGCUUCCGUGAAGGAUUCGCUUUUGGAAGCAAAAGAGCAAAAAUCUGAGGACCGGCAAAGUAACACUCCCUCCCCCCCAAUUAGUACAUUUUCAUCAGGAACAUCAACUACAAGUGACAUUGAGGUAUUGGACCAUGAGAGCGUCAUUAGUGAGAGUUCAGCAAGUUCUAGACAGGAAGCUGUAGAUUCGAAGGCUAAUCUGCAUUUGAUGCAGACAUCCUUUCAGCUGCUGUCAACAUCGGCCUGUACUGACUAUCACCGUCUGGACGAAUAUCAGAAACUUACUGAGAGCUGUGGUUCUUCAGAUGCUUUUGAGAGAAUUGACACAUUUAGCGUGCAGUCAUUAGACAGCCGGAGUGUGAGUGAAAUUAAUUCCGAUGAUGAAACUUCAGGUCGAGGAUGUAAUAUGGCCUCAGGAUCACUUACUCCGUCUGUCUGUAAUGGUUCGCUAACUGAUCAGCCAGUGAAGAAUGUUGAAGAGGGCAUAAAUGAUGCUCAGAAAGACAAUGUACUUGAUGAAAGUGAAAUGGAGGAGAGUGGUCGAAGUGCAACGCCAGUGAAUAGUGAGCAGCCAGAGGUCUUGCCUGUACUUGGUCUGACAGUAAUUGAGAACCAAAACGCAGAAUGUAUAGUGAUCAACAGGCCAGCAGAAGGAACUGCGAGAGACGAAUGUCAACCCAGUAGUGAACUUGAAAAAUCUCAUUUACAACAGAUAAUUGAUUUGACAGACAAGUUGGAAAAGAGAGAAACACAAUUGUUGUCUGUUAGCAAAGAUAAGGCCGCAUUGGAGGAGGCAAUUGAUAACCUGAAAGACGAAAUGAUCAGACUAAAGGAAGAAAGCACCAGUAUCUCAUCAAUAAAGGAUGAGUUCACUCAACGCAUUGCAGAAUCUGAAAAGAAAGUCCAGCUUGCUUGUAAAGAAAGGGAUGAUGUUAAAAAAGAAUUAAAAGUGCUGAAGGCAGAGCUGUCUACUAGAUUUACCUCAAAUGAAACAGCAGAUCUAGUACGAGAGAAGGAUGAACAGAUCAGAGGACUGCUGGAGGAGGGAGAGAAGCUUUCUAAACAACACUUGCACAAUUCAAACAUAAUAAAGAAACUAAGGAUGAAAGAGAAAGAACAUGACACACUAAUUUCAAAACAGAGCAAGAAGGCCAAAGAACAAGAGGAGGAAAUUAAGCAUCUGCAGCAGGUGCUUGAUGGUAAAGAAGAAGUGGAAAAACAGCAUCGGGAGAAUAUCAAGAAGCUGCAUGCUGUGGUGGAGAGACAAGAAAAAGAGAUCAGCACGUUGCAAAUGAACUUGGAUGAGCUGCAAGAAAAAAAUCGUAGCCUUCAGUCUGCACUUGACGGUUCAUACAAGGAGCUUGCUGAGCUACAUAGGGCAAAUGCAGCUAAAGAUAGUGAAGCCCAGGAAGCAGCUUUGAGUCAUGAGAUUAAAACCAAGGAAGCACUGUCAGCGGCACUGGAACGAGCCCAGGAAGAGGCAAGGCAGCAACAAGAAGCACUUGCAGUUCAAGUGGCAGAUCUCAGGUUGGGUCUCCAACGGGCUGAACAACAGCAAGCCAGGAAGGAGGACUACUUGCGUCAAGAAAUUAGUGAACUUCAGCAGAGACUUCAGGAAGCAGAUAAUCGAAACCAGGAGUUAAGCCAAAGUGUUACAUCUGCAAGCAGACCACUUCUACGACAAAUUGAAAAUCUACAGGCCACGCUUGUGGCACAGUCAGCAACUUGGGAAAAGCUGGAAAAGAACUUGUCUAAUCGGCUAGCUGAUGGUCAAGCUCAGCUUGCAGCAGCUGUAGAAAAAGAACGGACCAUCUCAGAAGAACUGCUUACUCUUAGAAUGCAAAUCUCUUCAUUGGAUUCACAAAACAGCUUAUUGCGUCAAGAGAAGAGCAGGUUGCUAGCUCAAUUGGAGUCAGAAAGAGCCAGACUUGAGAAGACUGAAGAUGAAAGUAGCAGGCAUCAUGUGGCAUUUGACAAUCUGAAGACUGAGUACAUUAAGGCUCUUGAAGAAGCAAAGAAGGAAAAGAAUGCCCUAACUAAUCAGUUGGAAAUGGAAAAGUUGAAAGUUGAACAGGAAAGAAAAAAAGCAAUCCUUGCACAGGAUGCACUAAAAGAGAAGGAGCGGAAAUUGCUUACUAAUCAGGGACCAGAGGCUUUAACAAGCACUCCAACGCUCUCUCGAUCCAGUUCCGUUAGUGGUGCUGAGAUGGCAAUCUUGCAAGCCUCUAGUCAUUCACAGGAUGACUUAUUUGAACAUUCAUUUGCACCUCUAACUACGUCGGCCAGUAGUAACAACUUGUAUGACGUCCUCAGAAUGGGAGCAGAAUCAAGCAUCUUUGAAAAUUUGCAGUCUCAACUAAAACAAAGAGAAGGAGAAAUUGCACAGCUGCAGCUUGAAAUUUCUAAUCUUGAAAGAAGUCGAGCUAUCAUGGCUGAGGAACUUGUCAAAUUAACUACACAGAAUGAUGAACUGCAAGAGAAAGUGAAUGAAAUUCCCAAGUUGCGUGUACAACUUAGGGAUAUUGAUCAACGAUACAACACCAUUCUACAGAUGUAUGGUGAAAAAGCUGAAGAAGCUGAGGAACUGCGCCUGGACUUGGAAGAUGUGAAAAACAUGUACAAGACCCAGAUUGAUGAAUUAUUAAAGCAGAGACUGACUUGAUUAGCUUUAUCUUUUAGGAGACUUUUUUUCUAAGUUUCCCUUAAUGUGAAAUGCAAUACUGCUGACAGAUAUUUGGCAUGGAGUGUAAAUGUAUAAUUGUAAAUAUAAUUGUAUUCAUUAGUGUUUUAUUAAUCAUCUGUUGCAUUAGAGGAAAACUAUACAAUACAUUGGUGUUGGAAAAAUUACUGAUGUAACAUGUACAUAAUGUGAAGUGCAAGAUUCAAGUGCAAUAUUAUGAGUUAAUGUGAGCUGAUCCUUUGGGUGAAGAUCUCAAAAAUGUAAUUUUCUGUGCAGAGUUGUACUUCCAAGUACAAGAUGGACCAAUUGUUAUCAAACUUAAUUGACCAGCUGGAAGUAUUAUCUGUUGAAGGUGGAAAGUGUUUCAGUAAAUCAGACACUCCCUGACACUCUAAAUGUUUUACUAAAUAACUUGAAAAGAAAUCCAAUGUGUUGCAUACUAUUCAAUGUUCUAAUUGUUAUUGAAAUACAUAAAUAUUUCAAAAUUACUUGGUAUGGGAAUAUAAACAAAGUCAUUAAUAGCAAUAGAAGAUGAUGUCUUGCUAUUGAUAAUUGGCUAAAAGAAGAACCUGUAUAUUGGUCUACUUUUGCUAAUAGUUGCACUAAUUUAGGACCUGACUUAAAUAUCUAUUAAUAGUAGAAUCUUCUGUAUAGCUUAUGCACUUAGUAACGUUAAUAGAUUUUCUUUGGUGCUAUAUUCUGUGCAUUGAAAGUAAAUUAAAAUGCUUUAUUUAAACUAAUUUUCUAAAUCUUGAAUUCAUAAUCUCUGCUAUUAUACUUUCCAAAUGUAAAUUUAAAAUGUAAAUAAUUUACCUUGUGUAACAGUGGGACUUGGGUAAUAAAGUCUCUUGCCUGAUCUGCUGUUGUUUACUAUGGUAUGGAUGAACUUCAAAUAUUUCAUAAGAUGUAAUUACUGAAAAAUGACUUCAACUACGUUUCUUCCUCGGGCUGGAACCUAAAGAGGAUAAUUUUGUUCUUUUAAGCAUAGUUUUAAAACUCAAAGCUAAUUACUUUUUAAUAUGGUCACUAAGCAUAUUUCUUGACCAAUGGGCAGGCAAUUGAUUCCUGGUUUCAGUAAAAUGUUAGUAGUAAUUUUGCUGCUUUGAGAAAAUAUGGUCCAAGAAUUACAAUUUUAUUCCACUUGUUUUCCUCCUUGUAAAAUAUCUAGCCUUAAAUUAAUAUCUAUUAAACACCAAAAUUGGACAAGGAAGGAAGCAAUAUGCAAAGCCUUUCUGUAUCUAUGCAGAGCAAAAGUUAUCAUCAAAGUUGUUGGCUCUGAAGAAUGUUAAUUUUAGAGAUUAGUAAGUUUAGUGGAGUAUCACUAUUAUGAUAAAAAUAUUUAUAAUUUCUGAACAAGGUCUAUUGAACCUGCAAAAUUUGGACAAAUUUGUUAAUUAAGGAAAAGCUCAAUGUAUACGAAUUGUGAAACAGGAAUCAUCGGUAGGUUGAUACCUUGAUAUAAUUUCUAACUUAAGUUCAAUUCACAUGUAUAAUUAUCAAGUGUUUUUGCAUUGUUCAAUUAUGAAUGACAAUGUUUGGUGAUAACUAUUUGUGAGUGAAACAACCCAAUGUUACCAGAUUUUUAAAUUCCUGAUGAACAUGGCAGCAACUUUUGCAGAAAUAGAACAUGUUAAUAUUUUUACUUUUGAUUUAUUAGUUGGAUAUUAACAAAUAUUUGAUUAUUUCCCUGUAAUUUACAAUAUUCAGCAUCCAAAAGUGUAUUUUAGAAGCUACAGCAUGUUUAUCUUAAGAAUCAUUGGUAACAAUAAUUAAAAGGACAGUGUUCCUGUUAGAAGGUGUUUUGUCUGCAGAUACUAGAGAUUUGAUGAUUUUCAGGCUUUGAUAUGUAUAAUGUAUUUAAUUUGGUAUUAGUAGAACAGUAAAUACUUUUCUCUGAGCACAUCAUUCUGCUGUGUAAUCUAACUUCAAUGUAUGUCUUCAUCAUUCAAGGGACUGAAUAAAUCAGAAUUUUUACUUAAAACUGC